AUGCGUAAGAGGAUCGCAGGAGACAAGCCGUGUCCAGUCUACGGCGGCCCUUCUUCCGGCCCUCUUACCAUCGCCAACUCCGCUGUCAUGCUGCAGGAUAAGGUUAUGAGUGUGCUUCGCAACGUCGAGUCGGGUAAAAUGCGUUUGGAACCAGACGUGUACGUUGACGGGCGUUACGUUACUUUCGCCGAUGAAUUCACCCCUCGUCGCGUAGAGCUUAUCUCCGAUCUCGUCCAGGACUACUUGUCAGUUAGCCAACAAAUCGCCAAUUCUGACCAUGUCCAUGUGUACCUCAUUACUGGCGAAGUCAUCACGAAGCCUCAUCGCGAGGUCACAGCCACCGAUUGGUUGCGUCUGUAUGUACGGGAACACGCGUUGACUGGGGGUGCGGCAGAGCUAGCUCGUUCGGCUUUCUCGGCGUUGACGUUGACUCCGGGGGAAGGGUGGUCUGCAGCGGCCGCCCGUGUACUUUCAGUAUUCCGCGCGACGCGUGCCGAUCCCGAGCGACCGUACAUGACCGAGCAGGCUUUGUUUUGGCGUUUCGCGACCCCGGUAGCGCUAAUCGAACUUUACGACCGGGUUGUCGAGGUCUUGCUUCCUAACCCAUUCGACCGAAACGGAGUAUCCGCGAUCUUACACGAGACAGCGUACGAGACAACUUCCUCUCUCGGUCCUUUGCGUAUGGAGUGGCACGACCCCUUGGGGGAAGCGAUGGCACGACGGGGUGUGACAGCAGAAAAAUUGUUUCGCAAGUUCGUUGGCGUGCUAUCAGCGCGCAAUGCGUCGUACAUCACGCCGCCGCCGCGCGAUGCGGACGCAAGCCUGGGGGACCCGUUGGCGGCGGUGGACCCCUCGUCGGGUGAGGAACAGAACAGCAGAGACCAGUUGUGGGUAGCAGGGCAGAUUUGGCAUCGGCAUCGGCGCCGUAGACCGCGUAAGUUUGAGAUUCUGCUAGACACCGGUGCAGGAGGCGGUAGCUACAUAUCCCUUUCCUUAUGGCGUGGGCUCAAGCGACUCAUUCGACGACGUGUUGACGAGAGUAGGGCAGGGGCUCUCGAAGCUGCUAAUCCUCGUGACAGUGAUACUCCUCCGAUGCGUAUUCUGGGAUCCGUAGCACUGCCAGUGUUGUUCGACGGCGAUUCGCGAGUGAGGGACGUAGAGGUACGCGUGGUAGACGGGUUGCCUUACGGAUUCAUCGUGGGAGCAGACUUCUUUAGGCGGAAUGCUAGCGUGCUUGAUUUCAGCUCCAGCAGAGGCUUUAGGCCUGUACCAGCAGCGCCCUGGGUGCCUUUUCUGUCGACGACACCAUACGCCUCCCACGCCGCAACCCCACUCCGCAACGCUCGGGACCAGUUUAGUCUACUGACGGCUACCCCCGAGAACGCCCCCGAAGUGCCCGCCGUUCCCACAGAUAUGCCCAGCUACGAGGAUGUGGUGUGGGAGGACGACACCUCCUUCGAGUGGGACGUGCGACAAGUGCCGGAGACCACCGUCGUCGAGGGUUUCACCACCCGCGCGGUGGAAGCUGCGGCUGUGGGGCCACAACCGCAGGACAGGCAGCUAGUGAUGGUCUUGCCAACCGAGCGGUUUGAUCUAGAGCAGGGAGCUGUAGUCGGUGUAGCUCGUGCGGUAAUGUGGUGGGUCCCGGGGUCGCCUGUCUACUGCAAGUUGGUGAACUGUAGUAAGGAGAAGGCGGCAGUCGAGGGCAGCCGGGUGAUAGCUCGCAUGAUUGCACUCAAUGUUCGCGACAAGCCGGCUUUCGAUUCGCUGUUUGACAUCGCCCCCUCCGCUGCCGACCAACCCCUGCCUCCCCGUGGACCGCGCGCCCCGAGCCCGUCCCCACCUAAUGGGGCAUCCGUGCCGCGUGUUCGCGUAGAGGACGCCAACCUGGGGACGCUGGGGUCGCUCAAGAAGCAUCAACUCGUCAACGUUCUCGCAGCGUUCAUCGAGGACGGCCUGUUUCCGAUCGACCCGAAACGAGUGCCGGCCUGCAUGAACGGUGAGCUUGAGCUUCCUCUGAUCAACGAGUUUUGCACACCUUUCGCAGCCAAGCAACGGCGUUUUUCUCCGGAAGAACGACGCAUGAUCAGGGCAGAGAUUCAGCAGUUGGUAGACCGAGGAGUGAUCCGUCAAUCCAUGUCUCCUUGGGCUGCCCAGUGCUUGUGCGUCAAGAAGAAGGAUGGUACGCUGCGACUGUGCAUCGACUGGCGUGAACUCAACAAACUCUUGGUCUCCGAUAGUGGGGGUUUGGGUGACAUGCAGACGAUAUUCGACGGGUUGAAGGGCAAGAAGUAUUUCACUCAGCUAGACCUCGCCUCCGGUUUUCACCAGAUGGAAAUUGCCGAGAAAGACCGUUACAAGACGGCCUUUCGAGAUGCGGAUGGAAUGCUUUGGGAAUUUACGCGCGCGGGUUUCGGCCUGACGGUGCUUCCGGCGGCCUUUACUCGUAGAGUGAAAUCGGCUCUGGGGCAUCUAGCAGGCGUGUUUAGCUGGCUUGACGACAUUCUCAUCGCUAGCGACUCAUGGGAAGAACAUCUCGCCACUCUGACGCUCGUUCUGAACCGCCUUCUGGCUGCGGGGCUGUCAGUAAACUUCGCAAAGUGCAUUUUCGGCGCAGCAUCGCAGGAAUUCCUCGGCAUGAUCAUCGACAGCACGGGUCUGUACCCCGCUCCGUCUAAGCUAGAUGCAAUCGCACGCAUGCCUCGCCCACACACCGUGGAAGAGCUGCGCACGUUUUUGGGUCUUACCGGUUACUUGCGUCAGUUUGUACCCAACUACAGUUUGACUGCCGCUCCGCUCACCAACAUCCUGCGCAACAAAGCCUUCGCUUCGAAACGUGCACGCAAGCUUCCUAUCCCGUGGUCCGUAGCUGAGGAAGACGCCUUCCAGUCUUUACGAGAAACGUUGGCUUCCCCGAAGGUCCUUGCUUUCCCUGACCUUGAGCGUCCGUUCGAACUGCACACGGAUGCUAGCACGCUGGGUGUAGGAGCUUCGCUUAUGCAGACAAUCGAUGGUGUCACCAGAGCGGUGGCGUUCGCGAGCCACCGGUUUUCACAAACCGAUGCUAGACGCGGGCCCACGGAACGAGAAUGCAUGGGGGUCCUCUGGGCGGUAGACCACUUCCGGCCGUACCUAGCGGGUAGACGGUUCAAACUGGUCACAGACUGUUCUGCCCUCACAUGGUUGUUCCGGAGCCGUGAACUCUGCCCCAAGCUGCACAGGUGGGCGCUGCGGCUGAUGGAGUACGACAUGGAACUGGAAUGGAAGGCGGGGGUAGAGCACGUAGUACCCGAUGCUUUGUCCCGGUUGCCUGUGGCGAACCCGGUAGAGGUCGACGUCGACGAUUCGUUUCCGGAUGAUCUGUCGUGUGCUGCAGGCGCUGCGGUAGAGAUUUUAGGACCGGAGUUGAAGGGUGUAAGGCUGGCUGAGUUGGACCCUGUGCAGGUAGACCAGGUAGGCGAUGCUGACUCCCAACCCUCUCACCCCACUCCGGAGGGGGCCGACUUCCAUCUGUCCGCCCUUCGAGCGUUGCCUUUCGCUGCAUGUGCGGCUGUAGACCAUGAGCCUGAUGCCCCCCGCCGCAGCGGCCGGACCCGUACCCCUUCGGUACGAUUACGACCGAUCGGCGACGCGCAGCUGCCCCCGACAAGUGUGCUGGAGGCCCUCCCGGACAGAGAGGCAAUCGGCCCCUCCGCGGUGCAAGCCUCAACUCCAGCGCCGUCGCCAUCGACACUGCCGCCGUCCCCCGUUAAUCCUGGCCACGACGACAUCGGUGAGGUGCUGGCGGCACGGGGGGAGGUUACGACGUCGUCGUCGAGCCACGCGUUGGAUGGAGCAUCAGCCAUCGAUCUGACAGCACGAGUGCUCACAAGGCCGUCCGAGCUAGCGCAUCGGCAACGAGUCGACACCCAUCUGAGUCAGGUUCGCAAGGUUCUGAGCAAUGUAGCUGACUCUAGCCAGGGGGGAAGUGAGCGUGACAGGUAUAGCCUAGGCACGGAUGAUGUGAUUCGGUACAACGAUGGUAAGGGAAGAAAACUGCCUGCUAUUCCAGUUGCCAUGGUAGCCGACAUCAUCGCGUUGGUACACACGCUACAUGGUCAUGCAGGAGUAGGAGCAACGCUGUCCCUUCUGCGCGAUCAUUUCCACUGGCCCACGAUGACGAACGACACUCGACACUAUGUGUUGUCGUGCGCCUGUCGUAGACGCAAGAGACCGCCCAGCAGACGAGUAGCCAUGAUGCCAGGUAGACCGCUUGAGCCGUGGGACGAGUUGCAAAUGGACAUCCUCAAGAUCGACACACCAUCGCAAACGGGCAACAACUACGUCUUGCUCGUGGUAGACCGCGCCUCAAAGUUUCCGUUCGGGUUCCCGCUCAAGACCAAACAAGCUGUGGGCGUAGCCAGAGUGGUGGUAGAGCUGUGCCUAACUUACGGAGUUCCAAAGACGGUACGCUGCGACGGAGGCCCGGAGUUUGGUGCAGAGGUGGUGAAGCACUUGUGCAGAUGGCUGCGGGCAAGCAUCGUGUUUGGUGCGGCUGAUCACCCUCGAGGCCAAGGGGCGGUAGAGAGACUGGGGGGAUGGCUACAGGAGCUGUUGGCUGAGCUGUGUAGAUUUUGGCCUGACCGAUGGGAUGAGUACGUUUCGCCUGCAAUGUGGAUCAAACGCACCUUGCCAGACACCUCGCUCCCAUCUAACAUGACCCCCUUCGAGCUCCUGUUCGGCCGCAAGCCUCGUACCUCGCUGGAUUCGUUAGUUCCUCUUACUGACGAGAUGGAUCAGGAACGGGGACUCGACAACUUCGUGGAGAGGCGCAAGCAAAAUCUUCGUGAAGUACGACUCGCCCUCGAGAAACGGCAGGAGCUUCGAGUUGCUGCACGCGCGAAAGCCAACGCCUCUAUAGACAGGUCGUCAGCUGGAGUGGGGGUCAUGAAGGAGAGCCUGGUGCUCGUGCGCGAGUUCGAGAGUUGUCGACAUCGCGACCACAGGGGAAGGAAGCUGCAACACGAUCUCUACACAGGACCAUGGAAAGUGACGGGGAUAAUCCAGCCUGGUCUCAGUGUAGAAGUCAUGAUGCAUGGUAGAAAGAAGCGUAGCCGAAGGGUAUCUACGGCCGAUGUGAAACCGUUCCACCUCCGAGAACUUCCCUUGCGACACUCGUUAGCCGAAGAGUUCGCCCAGCAUGCGUGGGGACCCGAUUUCAAAUUGCCUCCAGGAGCGAAAGAGAGUUUGGGUCUAGUCACUAUUGCCGACUGUCGCAGAGUCCAACCGGCUUCUGGCAUGCGAACUGUUUGGGAGUACAAAGGAAAGUCAGGGAAUGGUGUAGUGUCGGACUGGCUGCCGGAAGAGACCAUGCGACGCAGUUUCACGCCCCUUCAGUUGGAUUGCUUCGUUGCGCUCUGGCAUUUGUAUUUUCCCCAGCUGGCAAACGCUUCUGCACCCGACUCAGUCAAGCCCCGUACCCCGUUGUCCCGCGCCCAAGCCUUGCACGUUUUCCCGAUAGGUUUUACCUUCCAGAAGGAGUUAGCCGGAGGUAUCCUACUUCAGGGUCAGGUGUAUGAUUACGUAUCCCCCUACUGGCGCGUGCGCUACACUGACGGGAACUGGGAGGAGCUGUCCAGACGCGAACUGGAAAGACUUGCGAGAUAGCCUAGGGGGGAGGGAUUUCGAGCUAGUGUGAUGGCUGGACGGGGGGGAUGCGUGGCAUUAGUGAGACCGUCUGCGGGUGAUCAUGGAUGUCCGUACAAGGUUUGGUCGUAUGUACGUACCAUGGAUGGUUUUUGACUAUUGUUGAUGUCUCUCUCUUGUCUCGUUUUUUAGACUGUGCAUGUCCAUUUGAUUUCUGAGUACUGUUGACGAGAGUUUCUUUUGUUUCGGUUUUGAUACAUGUCCGUUUGAUUUUUGAGUGCGUCACCCAGUUGAGGUCGAGUAUAGCCUAACUGUUCAGAGGCCCUACUUGCCAGAUGUCCUGAUCUGAGCUGCCGUCGAAAGGUGUUCCUGUGUACGGUAGCACCCACGAGGGUUUAUGUUGUGUGCUGGUCUGAUUUGCGGUCGAAGGGUGGUCCUGUGCCCGGUAGCACCGAAGAGAAGUUUGUGCGGUUGUGCCGUGGCAUUUGAAUGGGUUUGGUGUUGUAGGUGCUUUGCGCAAUGGGUUUUUUCCUGGGUGGCCAGGUUUUUCCCGCGCUGUAGGUGUUGAGAGCCGGACUGCAACUACAGUGAAUUCACCAAGCGAGGGACGGGACGGUUUUUUGUUAGAGUAUUUUACGUCCGAGCGUCACUUGGUGUUUUCGGUUGUUAAGUCUAAAUUCUAGGGCUCUCGGGAUGGGGAGCGAAGGGUUUGUCCCGGAAGCCGGGUUUUCCUUCGCGCAAGUCGAUGUCGGGCCGUGGUUCAACGCGCAGUGAGAAU